UUAAUUAUUAACAAUUAUUAUUUGUUGUAUGCAUUGAUGGACAGUUGGACCAGCGAAGGGUCUAAUAAACCUACUGGUACAGACAUUUCACCUUCGUUAAUUAGUGCAAAGGUCACGAGUUCUACUCCCCCAAAUGAAUUCACACCAAACAAGGAUGAAAUUUUACCAAGGCCAAAUUCUGUACUGUUCGAGAUGCCAACGGUAAAGCAUUUGUCAGCGCUGGGCACUUCCGUAAAAAAAUUACCUCAUCAAAUGAAAAGGGAAUCGACAAUUGAAGAGCUACAUAAUACCUGGAGAAAAAUGGGAGCGCAAGCUCUUGCUACGACUCUGUCUGCUCUUUACGGUAAACUGUUGGUCGUCAUGGGCAUAGCUUUUCCGAUGUCUGAAGUGAUAUCUACACACAUUCCUCAUUCGUUUUACGAGGGUUAUUACUUGUACCUUUAUUUCGGAAGUAUGGCAUUUCUUUUUUACAUGUACGCAAUGCUGCUCAAGGGUAAGCCCACGAUGACACCGGUCAACAAUAAUUUCAAUAAUUCGGUUAGCGAUUCAUUAUCCGGAGAUGGCUCGGAAAACAGCGAUGGUGACUCGGAAUAUUACGAAGACAACGACGACUUCACGAACACCGGUGGCGUUGAAAUGGACUAUUGGACAUCGUACAACCCGAGAACCCGGAGACAAUCGUCUCACCUUGUGUUGCCUUCUACUUUCCAGCAUUACGGGAGUUUCUAUCUGAGAAUGGGCGCUGUGGCUUUUGGCAUAGGUAGUAUGAUUUAUUCUGGACUUGAAUUCGGUCAGUACUUCGAACUUGAACCAGCUACGAAAUGCCACAACGUGCUUCUGGUGCUCACUCCAGCAACAAGAAUGGCAUUCAUAUUUAUACAGAUGUACUUUAUAUUUUUGAAUGACGAGCAACAAAUGAGAGUGACGCGUCACCGGGUCUUGGCAAAGUUUGGACUUAUGCACAUGAUCGGCACUAAUCUGUCAGUAUGGCUCAAUGUACUCGUACAGGAAACCAAACACGAAAUACUAACAUUUUACAAUCCGGCAGACAAUUCUAUCGGUGUCGACAAACAACCAAAUCAUUUUUCACUGUUCAAAAAGUGGACGACCACCACGACUCAGUCACCGGCGUCGGCCAUGUCGUCGGUGGCUGACCGGCUGCGGCGCAGCAUCAACACGGGACCGCACCACAUCUACGAGUGCCGCCGGACGAACAUCAUCGGGUCGCUAGUGCAGAACGCCAGCCCAUUCCUGUUCCCGUGCACGAUCGAGUACAGCCUGAUCUGCGCGGCCAUUUUGUACGUAAUGUGGAAGACAUCAGUCGGGUGCACGCGGACGUGUACCGUCAACGGAAGGCGACGGUGUGAAAACUUGGCGCAGAUCACGCACUACCGGAAGUCGCCGCACUAUUACUCGGUGGAUUGCGCGCAGGCGCACAAGGGCCUGUUCGUCGGCAUACUGUUCUUGGUGCUCACCAUCAUCUCGCUGAUACUGUUCUUCGUGCUAAUAUCCCGCCCGGAGCUCAUCACGUUUGCCGUCAUGGAGGUGAAUGUCUGCGAGCUGUCGCUGUACGGUAUGACCACGCUGGCCACCAUUGUCGGAAUGAUGCAGGUCAGGCAGCUGAAGUUCGACGGACUGCGGAAUCUCGAGCUGGACAACAUACUGCUGGUGGGCGCGCAGACGGGCACGUUCAUAUACAGUACGUUCACGAUAAUCAGCGGCCACUUCACCGAGGAGAACAACACGAUCCUGGUGCUGAUCACCGCGUCCGCGUCGCUGGUGCAGACGUUCUGCCAGACGGUGUUCAUACUGGACGCGUCCCGGCGGUCGUGCGUCACGCCCGACCAGAUACGCAAGAAGCCCGGCCGGGAGAUCGUCACGUUCCUGUUGGUCAGCAAUCUGGCCAUGUGGGCCAUCAACACGCUGGAGAAGUCCCGGGCCGACUCGCACCCCAUACAGCUGCACUUCUACGGCCUGUGGGCGUGGACCAUAAUCACGCACGUGUCCAUGCCACUGGCAAUAUUCUACAGGUUCCACUCGACCGUGUGCCUGUGUGAGAUCUGGAAACGAUCGUACAAGAUCAAACCGUCGUUCAUGUAAAAGCGCCACGUCCUCCGCCACUGUGCCACAAAAUCCUUUAAUAUAAGCGUAUUAUAAGCGGUACUACGGGGGGUGGCAGAGUAGGCAACUGCCCCCCCCCUGCGAACCGUACCUGUAUUAAUAGAUAAUUCCUUAUUAACCGACCCCCCCCCCUGAACAUAUAGUUAGAUGGUUAAAAUAUUUUCUGGCCCCCCCUGCACAGAGGGUCUAGUACCGCCUAUGAAGCGUAUAAUAUCAAUAAUAUUAUUAUUACAUAUUCGGUGGGGUCGCUUCAGGGACCUGUUGGGGUUCGUUCCCGGUUUGGUUCCCCAGCUCUUCAAAAUUUCAGUUGCUAUUAAUUAUAAAGUGGUUACCGGUUUCGAUAUAAUAUAAUAAACAGAUGUGUGUAAAUUCUGCCCGAUGUUAGUAGGUAGUAAGUUCCACCUCAAAAUGUUUGUAGAUACAAUUUAAGUAAAUGCCUAAUACCUAAUUGGUUGCCAUUUGACUGUUUUGAUUCCAGUUUGGAAAUGAUUAGGCAUUAUAAAAGGUAAGCUAAGUUGGCUCCCGUUUAAAUUUUAGAUAUAUGUUAACGUGUAGCAAUUAUUGCUAUCCAAAAAACUGUUAUAGAAAUGGAACGAUAUCUAAAUCGUUUUCUUUUAGUUCUACAAGGACACCUGGGUACCUGUUAGAAUUUCUAAACCGCACGACUGACAUAAAUGAGAUCUACAAACUCUAGUCCAACAAUUCACUACUGAGCGUUGCUAUGACUAGUGAGUCAUUAGUCAAUUAUUAGGUACACAUUUAACGACUUUACUAACAACAAUUGUGUAACUGUCAGAAUACUCUUGGCCAUAUAUAAGGUACCUAUUAUAUCUUUAGACUUUAACCAUGAGUAUAGUUUUGUUCUGGAGUAGUACGACAGAAACAUUGGUACGAAUUUCCUGUCUUG